AUUUUUAUUGCCAUCUGCUCAUUGAGAGUAAUUGUGAAAACAUUUCACAGGAAUAUCAAAUGUUUUUAAAUGGUGAGGGUGGAAGACCUCGCCUGCAUAAACACCAUCACCUGCAUGCCUGACAGCACCUGCGUCUGCUCUGACUUAUUUGUUUUUCGCCAACCUUUCACUGAUAAAAUCAAACAGCUACUCGGCAUCAGUGGGAACUAAGCGGAACGGCAGAGAGCACAUAGUUACUGUAGAAAGGUUGUUUCAAGAAUACUUAAAACAGCGACAGCACAUCGGCCUUGGACAGGAUUUUGCGACAUACUGACUGAAGGACUCCAACGAUGAAGAGCACUCGGUGAAGAGGGUUGGCACUCACAAGCCGGGAAGUCUGCCACUGGUACAAAGUAGGAAAUCCAGUCCGGUGACAUUGGAGGACAAUUCUGUGGAAUAAUUGUGCUUAAGGAGAUAUGGGGGGGAACGGGAAGACCUUGGUGGUGCUCUUUUUGCUAUGCCAAGUCCAGUGUUUGGUAUCUGUAGCCGUUGCUGAGAUUCAACCACAAAACGACUUCCCAAAUUCUGAAAUCCCAAAAAGAAACGACGUUGAGAACAUGUCAGACAAAGUCUUCCAGCAGGUCCCCGUCAUUGAGUUUCCUUUCACAUCUGGCAGUUGGAAAAGGAUGAAGAGGGAAUGGGUCAUUCCACCCAUGAACUUUCCAGAAAAUGACCGGGGUCCAUACCCUAAGUUGGUGGCGAUGCUUAGGUCCAGCAGUCACAAAAUAUACGCCAUAACCUACAAGAUCAGUGGACCUGGAUCAGAUCAGCCACCUGAGGGUGUUUUUACUGUGGAUGGAAGAUCUGGAGCGCUGUAUGUGACCAAGCCACUGGACAGGGAGAAAAUAAACAAAUACACUCUGUUGGCCCAUGCGUUCAAGGAGGGACAGGAGGCCGAAAAGCCGAUGCCGCUCAUCAUCAAUGUCGUCGAUCAGAAUGACAACGCACCACAGUUCCCUCCUAACCCUUUCUCCGGCAAAGUGAGCGAAAGUGCUGAUGUUGAUGACAACAUCAUGAAGGUAACAGCGAAGGAUGAGGAUGAACCAGGGUCAAAGAAUGCUUUAAUUUGGUACAGAAUAUUAUCUCAGUUCCCUCAAAGACCAGAGAGGGACAUGUUUGCCAUAAAUCCAGUGAGUGGAAUGAUCAGUCUGCGGUCAACUGGACUGGACAGAGAGACAAUCCCAGAAUACAAGCUGACUAUAGAGGCUGCUGACAUGGAGGGGGACGGUCUAACAGCCACCUCUACUGCUGUAAUCGUCGUCACUGACAGCAACGAUCAUGCUCCACAAUUCACCACAACAUCUGCAUCGUCAUCAGUCCCCGAGAAUGAGGUUGGACUGGAGGUUAUGAGGCUAAUGGUGACUGACGGGGAUGAGUUAGGAUCUCCAAAUGCCAAUUCCCAAUACUCAAUAAUCAAAGGCAACGAAGGGGGAGUAUUCAACAUCACCACAGGCUCCAGUAAAAUGGAUGGAAUCAUCGUGACAGCCAAGGCGCUGGAUUUUGAGCGCAUCUCUGUGUUUAUUUUGCUGGUGGUUGCGACAAAUGAGGCACCGUUUUCUGUGCCGGUGUCCACAUCAACAGCCACAGUCACCGUGAGAGUCUUGGACAAGAACGAGCCGCCUGUUUUCAGUCCAGCCACGGUUCACGUAAGCGUCACAGAGGACGCCAACAUAGGCAGUUUUUUGGUCAGCGUCAAAGCUAAGGACCCGGACAUAGCCAGGAAACAGAGCCUUAGAUAUAAAUUCUACAACGACACUGCCAGGUGGCUGAGCGUUGACAAUAGCACAGGAUCUGUGAGAGUUAAAAGCAGCAUGGACAGAGAAUCACACUACGUCAAAGACAGCAAAUACACAGUUUUAAUUUUGGCUUAUGACGAUGAUGAUAUUCCUGCUACAGGCACAGGUACUCUGGUAGUGAAUUUGUUGGAUGUGAAUGAUCAUCGUCCAGUGAUCAAACAGAGGAAAGUCAGUCUAUGCAACACCAACCCCUCUCCUGCUCUCCUGGAUAUAGUGGACCUAGAUGGGCCCGGUAACACUGGUCCGUUUACUAUAAAACUUCAAGGAGAUCACAAGAUCAACUGGACUGUUAGCACCAAUUCCACAAGUAACAUAGCAGCCCUGGCCCCCAAACGAGACUUGUCUCCCGGGGACUAUAACGUGCUGAUGCGCAUUUAUGACAGUGACAUGCUCUACCAAGACAGUACACUAGAUGUAGAUGUGUGCCAGUGUCAAGGGACUGUCUCCUCUUGCUUCAUCCCCCAUUCGGCCCCUCGUCUACAAGUUUCUUCCCUCGAAACUCCAAUACUGGCAACAAUUUUUGGACUUCUGUUGCUGGUCCUGUUUCUUCUGUUGUUGCUGAGAAGGAGAACGAAGAAUGUGCAGAACGACGUCCCUCUUCUUGAAGAUGUACCCAGAGGUGACAUCUUCUGCUACAAUGAAGAGGGAGGAGGCGAAGACGACCAGGAAUAUGAUCUCAGCCAGCUGCACAGAGGGCUUGAUGACCGUCCUGAAGUCUUCUGCACUGAUGUGAUUCCUAUUGUCCAGACACGCCCAUGCUAUCGCCUACAAAUCGGGGUCAAUGAGGAAGUCGGAAAUUUCAUCGAGGAAAACCUGGGCACUGCGGACAGUGACCCCACAGCUCCUCCUUAUGACUCUCUGCUGGUGUUUGAUUAUGAAGGAACAGGCUCUGAUGCCGAUUCGCUCAGCUCCAUCAACUCCUCUGACUCAGAUGAGGUACAGGACUUCCAGAGCCUGACUGAGUGGGGACCACGUUUCAGCAGAUUGGCUGAGCUGUACACAGAGGGGAAAGAGGAGGAGGACGACACUGACACGCUGCCAGGAAAAACAGAAUGGGUCUGACAUGCCCCUACUUAUUUAUAGAUCAUCUAAAUUUUUGUCCAUCUGCCCAAGAUGCUGCUGCGUUGACCUCUUUUCAGCCUUUCCAGAUUUUUGCUUUUACAUGUGCUUGCUGCUGUGAUGAUCAAUGGCCUGUUACUCAAAUAGUUGUUUUAUUCUGUAAUGUGCAAAUUUUUCAGUCAUAUAUGUAACUUGGAUUCUAAAUGUUGUACUUUUGAAAAUAAUUUAAGGAUGUAAAAGAUGUCUGGGGAUGGAAUUUACCACGAAAAAAAAAUCCAAAUUAAAAGAAAAUUGUUAAAAGCUGCAAUAUCAUGCAUAAUAAAGGUGAUUUUAUAUGACAAAUAUCAAA